AUGAUCAGUACUAAUAGUGAAAGUCCUGUUGUAAAUCGCCCGUCACACUCAAGCAACUUUGCUUCAAGAGAAUCUAACUCCGCUUGGUCUGUGUCCACAGACGAAGGCUCAAGAUUUGCUCGGCUGUAUUGGCUGCUAGCGAAUGCUACCGACAAUAGUGGCACUGCGGCGUCUGUUAAUUCAAAUUAUAACCCUGGUGACAUAUUUCGUGUCAGUAAUGCUGCCUAUCAGAUAACGUACACUGCAAUCGAUGAAGCUGGAAAUACGGGAUAUUGCUCAUUCUUCAUAAAGGUUCAAGAUAGUGAAAGUCCUGUUGUAAAUCGCCCGUCACACUCAAGCAACUUUGCUUCAAGAGAAUCUAACUCCGCUUGGUCUGUGUCCACAGACGAAGGCUCAAGAUUUGCUCGGCUGUAUUGGCUGCUAGCGAAUGCUACCGACAAUAGUGGCACUGUGGCGUCUGUUAAUUCAAAUUAUAACCCUGGUGACAUAUUUCGUGUCAAUUUGGAAAGUCCAUUAGUUGAAUGCCCAACUCAUAUAGAAACAAGAUCUGCACUUGUAACUUGGGACAUCACGAUUAGUGAUAAUGUUGCAGUUGUCCAUUGCCUUUCAAACGACUCCAGAGUUACGCCGACUAAUUCUUUAUUAAAUGACAGAUCAAUCACUUUAGCACAAAGUGGAACUUUUCCUGUUGGUACAAAGUUUAUUGAAUACAUGGCGACAGAUUUAGCUUGGAAUGUAGGAAAAUGUUUGAUCAAAAUCACGGUCGCAGAACUUAAUUACCACGACUAUAUAUACGGGUUCCAUCGUCUUGUUACUGAUUAUGGUCAGCCCUUCGCAACAGUCAUAUGGUCUCCUCCAGAAGUUGAAGACAAUAUUGAAGGGCCUGUCACGUGGGAAAGUUACCCAUAUACAUCAGGUGAUACGUUUCCUCUUCGACUGUUUCCGCCAUACACUGUAAAGUUCAGUGCAUCUGACUUGUUUGGCAAUAGCAGAUCUUGUUACGUAUAUUUCACGAUAAUAGACGUCGAAGCGCCGACUAUCACAUGCCCGACAAAUAUCACAAACUACUACGACACAUACUUCGGCAUUAAUAGAGCUGCACUCGAUCCAGGUUCCUCCACUAGUACAGUCACGUGGGAUUAUCCUACUGUCUUUGACAACAGCAGACGUCCAGUGAUUGUGACGUCAACUCACCUAUCUGGAGAAACUUUUCCCCCAAGAUUUUAUCCGCCGUAUGAAGUAGAGUAUACUGCUAAAAAUGAGUCAGGAAACAAGAAUUCUUGUAAAUUUCACUUUCUCGUAUCUGGAAAGUCAGAUACGAGUAAGCCUCUGACUUAUAUAAAACGUCUUUAA